AUGGAAGAUAUAGAAGAUCGGUGGAGUAACUUGAGGCCUACGGAGGAACAAGAAGAAGUCAUUGAGUUCCCUCAGGGAUGUGAAGAUGAAAUACAUCGCAAGGGAGAGAGAAGUCUUAUUGGAAAGAUAUGCUCAGACCGUGAGGUGGGUAAGGAAGUUAUAGCUAGUGCAAUGGGGAAAAUUUGGAGAAUAAGUAAACGUGUUGUGUUCCAAGAGGUUGGGAAAAAUGUCUUCGUUAUUACGUUUGCCUACCACGCAGAUAGACAGAGGAUUCUGGCUGGAAAACCAUGGCUCUUUGCAAACGUAUUAUUCUUGAUUAUGCCUUACAAUGGGAACUUACAACCAGGGAAGAUGCAUGCAGACAAAGAAGCAUUCUGGUUACAAAUACAUAACUUGCCAUUAGGAUUCAUGACGGAAGAUUGGGGAAGGCGUAUAGGAGAAUCGGUAAGGAAUGUAUUAGAUGUAGAUGCAGAUGAGGAUGGAGUAGGAUGGGGCAAAUGCCUAAGGGUGAAGGUCGAAAUGAAUCUCCAGAAACCCAUAGCCAGGGGGAGAACUAUAAUGGCGAAUAGAAAGAAGGUGUGGCUUAAUUUCAAGUACGAAAAGCUUCCCAAAAUUUGCCUCAGCUGUGGGUGGAUAUUACACAGUGAAAGUGGCUGCGUGAAGGAAGGGGGAGGCAACCAAGAUUCCAUCUCCCAGUUUGGUUCGUGGCUACGAGCAGAGGAUAGUUACAGACGAUGCCCAGCUUUUAUUUCCUCAAAUGGUAACUCAAACGGAAGGGAGGAUGGACGGCAGGAUCCUACUAAGGAAGCUGGACGUGGUGAAACAGAGGGGUCUAUCGGAAGUACUGCAAGCAGGAGACAAACAGAGGACCCUAGCCAAAAGCAAAACACAAAGGGAGUCGUUGGUAGUGAGAACUAUGGCCCCAGAGGAAGGAUGGCGCCUGCGGAUGCACGGCAAAGGAAUUUGGUAGGAAAUGGAGGCAAACUUGUUGCAGGGGUCGAGGAUGAUGGGACACGGUAUGGGGCAACAAAAAGGGUAGGUGAGAACCUACACAGUGUAGGAAGCAUGCAGGAGGAUGAAGUACAAGCUGGGCGGGAAACACUUGAAAGAACAAGGGCCUUGAUCGUAACAGGUUUGAUGGAAGAGGCCUUGGACAAGCCCAACAGAAACAACAGGCCCAUUAACCAGUCACAUGUAAGGAUAUAUGGCGAAGGGAAAAGGCCUGCGCAUGAUUCAACUGUUUUCAAUAGCCAGCUUAUUCUAAGUGAUCAAGCAGAAGGAGUCAUAAGUCCAAACCAAGGCAGUCGUAGAUGGAAACGUCAAGCAAGAGGACAAGGGUCAACUUCAAAGGAAGGAGGAUUGCGACCGGGAAUUAAGAGGCCAGCAGAGACUAAGGAGGAGAUCCAUACUACACCAUUGAAAAAGAGAAGAGGUAAGAAUCCUAGUCUUAGAAGCAAUGGUAUUAUCACUUCUGAAUCGGUGGAGGCUAGGGACCAACCCCACCAAAUGCCAUGA